UUUUGCCUUUGCCGGCGACACGAUUUCGCGGUGCGGAUUAUUGCUAUUCUAAAAUUAUUUCAUAAGAGUUUCUACUUUUUUACAGUAAUUAUUUUUCAUUCUUGUUAAAUACUUUCGUUUUCUGCUAGUAAGUCUACGAUAUAAAUUAUUUGUGGGCAUCAGUUAAAUAAUCCUCUCCCAUCGUCCACGAUGUCCGUUGACAAGGAGGAACUGGUGCAACGCGCCAAGUUGGCGGAGCAAGCUGAACGAUAUGACGACAUGGCGGCCGCGAUGAAAGAAGUCACGGAAACCGGCGUCGAACUCAGCAAUGAAGAAAGAAAUCUUCUUUCCGUCGCUUAUAAGAAUGUGGUAGGCGCCCGACGGUCGUCAUGGCGCGUCAUUUCCUCCAUUGAACAGAAAACCGAAGGGUCCGAAAGAAAACAACAGAUGGCAAAAGAAUAUAGGGUUAAAGUAGAAAAGGAGCUCAGAGAAAUUUGCUAUGACGUUUUGGGUUUACUUGACAAACACCUUAUUCCUAAAGCUAGUACACCAGAAAGUAAAGUAUUUUACCUUAAAAUGAAGGGAGAUUACUACAGGUACCUCGCAGAAGUGGCCACAGGAGAAACCAGAAAUUCUGUUGUAGAGGAUUCACAGAAAGCAUACCAAGAUGCUUUUGAGAUCAGCAAGGCGAAAAUGCAGCCCACACACCCAAUCAGGCUGGGCUUGGCGUUAAAUUUCUCCGUCUUCUAUUAUGAGAUAUUAAAUUCACCAGACAAGGCGUGCCAACUCGCCAAACAGGCGUUCGAUGAUGCGAUUGCCGAAUUAGACACAUUGAACGAGGACUCGUACAAAGACUCUACGCUGAUCAUGCAGCUCCUGCGAGACAACCUGACGCUGUGGACGUCGGACACGCAGGGCGACGGCGACGAGCCCGCAGAAGGGGGUGACAAUUAAUGCAACGCCGCGCUCACCCUCAGCACACGCAUUUCUCAUCGGUGUUAUAUAAGAAAACGAGUAACAUUCGAGAACGCCGCGCGGCGCGGGUACCCCGCCGCUGUUGCGAGCCGUCGCUUGUAAAAAAAAUGUUAAAAAUGUCGUUCGCAGCGGACCUUCACGUUCCGUCUAAAAUUAAAUGUUAUGUGUCAUCUUUGACGGUUUUGUAUUUCUGUAUUUACACUGGAUUACAGAUAUCGAGCUGACCUGAUGAAUAUAAAUAUUUAUAACUUAAGUUAUUAAAAUUACGGUUUCUUAAGUUAAAA